UUUUUUCAAAAUGUCUUUAAUGCUAUAAAAUUGGCUGAACCAAAAAUCCCUUCUUUAAGUGACAAAUAUAAGGAAAAAUGCCCAACUCUUGGUUCUGAUCACUCAAGCAAACCUUUAUUCACUGAAAAUUUCUUGAAACAAUUUGUACAAUUAACUCCUCAUGAAGUUGAAUCUUUAAAAAAGUCUCAUUCGACCUUUUUGAAAAAUACUCCAAACUCUAUUCCAAAGAAUUUAAAAUAUAGAGGCAGUGGCAUAGUUUACGCUGGUGGUGGAAAAUUUAAUUGGUUAGCUUUAUUAUCCAUCAAAUCCUUAAGAAGAUUGGGUUCCAAAUUACCUGUCGAAAUUUUGAUUCCAACUCUCGAUGAUUACGAAAUUGAACUAUGUACUCAGAUCUUUCCUGCUUAUAAUGCAAGAUGUAUUUAUCUACCCGAAGUAUUAGGUCAAAAGGUUACAAAAAGCUUUCAAUUUAAAGGUUAUCAAUAUAAAAUUCUAGCUAUAUUGGCUUCAUCCUUUGAGAAAAUUUUAUUACUAGACGCUGAUAAUAUACCUGUAAUUAAUCCGGAUUAUUUGUUUAAAACUGACCCUUUCAUCUCAAAUGGGUUAGUAACUUGGCCAGAUUUUUGGAGAAGAACAACUUCUCCAUAUUUUUACGAUGUUGCUCAAAUUAAAUUAGGCAAAAGAGUUAGAUAUGGUUACACAACUUAUGGGAUUCACGACCCAGGUAUUGGAGCUAAAGAUGAACAAGAUCUUGCAGAAGUGCCCUUACAUGAUAGAGAAGGCUCAAUUCCUGAUUCAUCUACUGAAUCAGGUCAAUUGAUGGUCAAUAAGAAAACACAUUUUAAAAUGUUACUAUUAUCACUUUAUUAUAAUUCGUAUGGCCCAGAUUAUUUUUACCCUUUACUAUCUCAAGGUAGUAUGGGAGAAGGAGAUAAGGAUACCUUUUUAGCCGCAGCGGUUAAAACUGGAUCAAAAUUUUAUCAAGUCAAUAAAUUUGUUGGAGUUCUUGGUUAUGAUAACGAUGGAACGUUUCAAGGAACUUCAAUGAUUCAAUCUGAUCCAGUUGAAGAUUAUAGGGAGGCAAACAAAGCGUUGAAAUUAAAACUACAAGAGACUAAUAGUAAAGAAGAAAUAGUUUUAAAGCCUGCAGAACUCAAAAUAUUGUUUGUUCAUUCAAAUUAUCCUAAAUUAAAUCCGGCUUUAUUGAAAAAAAAUAAAAGUUUACUUGAUAAAAAUGAUAAAAGACAUCGACAUUAUGGCAAAAAUGAUAUUGAAGGAUACGAUUUAGAGUUGAAAAUUUGGGAAGAUAUGAAAUACUUUAUCUGUAAAUUAAAAGUACAAACUAAAGCGUUUGAAGGAAUGGGGACAGAUGAGCUUUGUAAAGAACUUGAUGAACAAAUUGAGUUUUUGAAGAGUACU